AUACUGUUUCUAAUUUUCCCUCCAAUUGAAUUGAUAUGUCUAUAACGGAUGCUUUAUAUUGUCAGUUUCUUAAGUAAAAAUAUAUAUAUUAUGUAAGAAUUGAAAAAAUAAAACUUUAUAAAUGGAGAGUUUCGAUCAGGAAUGUAGCAGCUCUAAACUUGUUGGUGUAAACAUAUUGGAAGGAUCUGUAAUCUCAGAUAAUUAUUCUCUAAAUGAUAUUCUUAACAAAUAUACUGAACAAGUUCGUGCUUUAGCUGAUACGAUUAUGCAACUGGAAAAUUUGAAUCUUGUGAAAGAUGUUUCAGUUUCAUCAAAAAACAGUAACACUGAAAUGAUGAAAAAUAAGAAUAAAAUUAUCAGUGGAGUCUCGGCACUUUUGAAAGAUUUGAAACCCUUAAACUAUCCUGGAUUCCAAUCUUUAAGUUCACUGAGGCUACUUAAAGAGUAUGAAAAAAUAGCUCAAGAAAGUCAACUAUUAUUAAAAAAACUACAAGAAGAUGAUGUCACUACUAAAAAUUUAAUCGAAAGAAUUGAUUCUAUGAAAUCACUUAUGAUAGAUUUCAAAAAUGAAACUGAAAAAGUAAUAAAAGAAAAUUAUAUUAGUCCUGAAAUAGAAAGAGCGAUCACCAAAGAAUUUAAUGAAUGUAGAGCUGAUAUGUACAAAAUAUUGCCCCUAGUUGAUCCAUCAUCAAUGUUGAAAGAAGUAUUGAGUGUGAGUGUUCAAUAUUCUAAUAUCUUUUAAUUUUGUUAUUGAUCAUUUUCAAAAUUGGUUUUAUAAUUG